CAUGGCGACUAAACGUAAGCUGUGGCAACUGAGAGUGGGAAAACACAUACAUAAAAUCAUUGAUAUCUUUGGAAAGCCUCAUUUGUUCAUCAAAGGGUGUCAUGCGUCGAACAGUUCAACCUAGAAGAUCACCAAGUCCAAUGUCUACUCAUUCACCUUUCAGUGCGAGAGAUGUUCGAGAGAGGAAAACUUCUUUUUCGAAGGCUCCUCCUGGUGAGGAUCUUCAAGUUAUUGAGUGGAAUAUUGCUGAUCAGCUUCGUCAAGUCAAGUUUCAUCCGGAACAAAGCAGGCAAGAGUAUUUCAUGGUGUAUAAAAAUUCAUUUGACCAACUCAUUGAAAGCAAAGCUGUGGUUUACAAAUCGAUUUUGUCACAGAUCAAAGCAGAGUAUGAGGAGUUCAUCGAUACUCUGGAGAGAGGUCAGAGCCAGACAAUCUAUCUUCAGGGAAUGCUCAAGGCUCUGUUGUCGGAGAAGGCAAAUGUAAGGCAUUUUGUACAGAGAGGUGAUGAGCUUGAAGAGAAAAUUGCAAAGCUUAGAAAGCAUAACACUCAACUAAGGGAGAAACUUCACAUUUUAAGAGCAGAGAGAGUUCGGAGGUUGGCAUCUGCAGAAAGUAAGUCGAUACAUUCUGUUGUAAAAGAAACAAGGCUUCUGAUUCCUGGCUUGUCCUUGAAAGAACUCACUGACUUGCCUACUUUGAAGAAGACUCUAUCCAGAUUAGAUGCGCAAGUAUGGGAGCUGAAGGAAGCUACAAAAUCUAAAUUUGCAGAGCGAAACCAGAAACAGGUUUUGAAACAACAGCUCAUGAAGAAGGAAAGUGUGAGAGAUCAUGUGUUUGCCUAUCAUGGAGAAUUAAAAGGAAGGUGUGAGACCCUUAAAGUUGCUGUUGAGGCGGCUAGAACAAUGGUUGAUAAACCAGACCAGGAUGUUCAUGUUAUUGAUGUUAUAAUUCGAGAGCUAGCAAACUAUGGUAACAGCAAGUAUGGGAAGAAAAGUGAUUCCUUACAGUUCUUUGCAAGCUUUGAUGAGGAUGAUCCCUUAAAAAAGAAAGAGGCAGAACAUUUAAUUGAGUACGUUGAUCACUUCAACAAUUUAUUUGACUUUGGACAGUUCGAACUGGCUGCAAUGCAUGCUGCCAACUCACCAAUGGGAAUUCUCAGAUCGUAUGAAACCAUGAUCAAAUUCAAGCAAGUUGAGUGUAAUGAAGGUGAGGUGUCACCUCUAUUGGUCUUCUGUGAUGCUCUAAUGGCUACAGCAUCAGCUGCACAACCUCUCACAGGAGCUAUGUCCUCGGAAUGUAUUCGCUGUGCACUCAGUGAAGGACGUCUGGACCUUGCAACCCACUGGCUUGCUCAGGAGAAGUUAACAUUUUCUAUUCCUCUUGGCGAUGCUUUGUACAACUUCUGCCCAUGCCUUCAAAACUGUAUAUGCACCUGUAUUCCUUUGGCACAGACUGUUUACAUGAAAGUCGGUGCACAUCAUCAAGUUAUUACUUGUCUUUGCAGGCAAGGAAAAUUCUCAAUCAUGUUGAAUUAUGCACAGAAGCAUGCCAAAUUCACAACAGAGGAUUUUAGAUCUAUCCUCAUGAGGAAUCCUUCUCCAGAACUAGCAAAGCUUAUGCUCAGUAAUCCCAGCAUGGAGGGCAGGGUUGGGUUGUUGAGUUUUGCAUCUGUUGUUGGAGCAUUUUUAGAUGACAACCAACCAGAGAUGUUAGUGAAUGUAUUAAAGCAUCUCUCUCAGAGCAGCUCUAAUGACUUAUCUACUGUGAUUACAGAUGCAUUGUUAAAUGAGACAAGGAGUGACAAUAUGGAUACAGACAGAUGGCUGUCAGUUGUUGAUAUGUGCCAGGAAUCUGGUUUGCUUGGAAUUGGUGUUGAAAUAUUGUCCAUUCUCACCAUAAGGGAGGCACUAAACAAAGCUUCCAUUGCUUUCAGUAUGGAUUACAUUUCUUAAGCCAAAAUUUGAGACUUUUGAAGACAAAAGGCUUAUUCAGUUCAAAAGUGGUCUCAUAUUUUCAAAACUUAGUAACAAAGACACUAGAAUCAAGAUUGAACUAGUUCAGCAUUUGAGAACGUAGAAGUUGAUUGUGCAGAAGAAGC